AUGCCUUCUCAACCCCCGCUACCGCCCCUCCUCACGCCAUAUCUAUCAUCUCAUCCUGACUCGUCGCUCACCCUGGUUACUUCAAUCUUAGGCGCCACGUCAAAUUGGCUGAUUCUGAGGUUUCUCCACUCUUCCCUCGCAUCUCUAUGGGCUCCUAAUCCUUCGUUUGGGUUGGACGAGUCCAACAAUGGCACUAAAAAAAAGGUUGUUUUAAUAAGCUUCCUCAGAGGUUGGCACUUUUGGAGAACCGAGGCCAAGAGAUUGGGUCUUGAUCUUGCACGCCUGGCAGAUAAGAAGCAAUUUGCAUUCAUCGAUGGCUUGUCUGAUCUAUUCAAUACCGCACAAGGAUCAAGGUCCCCUGCAAAUCCAACACCUGCCAGACCUGGGAUCCCACAACGCACUACACUUCCAGUCCGAGGCCCGCCGGGCGCUGUGCCCGCGAGAGGACCACCUACUGCGCAGAUUCCAAGCGCUGGCGCACCGGAAGGUACGACGGAUAAAGGAGUCGCUCAGACACUCAGCUUCUCUGGACGUGGCGUUGCAGCAUUAGAUGCCCUAGAGAAUGAGAUACUGGCAGUCAUUGCGCAAUUAAAGAUAUCAGCCGAAGACGGCGAGGAGAUACUUCUCGUCAUUGAUCAGCCUGAUUUUUUGCUUGCUGCUACGGGCCCGAGCAUGGAUAUCGGAGCUACGGAGAUGGCAGAGUGGAUUACAGGUCUACAGCAGAAUGUGCAUGCAACUGUAAUCACGCUGGCUGCCGACUCCCCGUUGAUCCAUAACGCGUCUACAUCGGGCAUCCAAGGGUCUACGCCCAUCGAGGGAGAGCAUGCAGCUUUUGCGAUUGGGUUGGCACACAGGGCACGUUCGGUAAUGCAGCUUCGGACUCUAGAGACGGGGGCCGCAACUGAUGUCAGCGGAGUAUUGAGGAUCAGCCGCGGAGGUGGUUGGAGCAGUGGGCCCGAGGACAACCUUGACGAAAAGGAGCUGUUGUAUUAUAUCCAGCGAGAUGGUGGAGUUCGGGUCUUUGGGCGCGGAGAGUCGUGA